CAAGGAAACGUUGUGAGAACAUUGUGCAAGGUGGUGUUCUGGACAGCCCCUGGGGGCGAGGGGGUGUAAAAUGUUUUGAAAAGGUAAACCAAUUGGAUUAGAGAUUUUACAGCUCAGCUGUAUUUAAAGGGGAGCAGUUUGCUCAGUGAAUGAAACUUCUUGAAAGAAAUUCAUGUUUUCGAAGGUAUGUGCUUUCUGACAAGGUAAGGGUAUUUGACAAGGUAUUAUGUAUGGUAGGUGGGAUUUUGUAUCUUCUGAGUACAUAGUCUAAGUAAGGCUCUCAACAGAAGCUUGUCAAACAUUAAUGCUUUAUAAUAUAUUGUUAACUCUUGCUCAUAAAUGACUGAUUGAUUAAUAGCUUAUCUCUAGUGGACCCAAUCAAUGAAUUUCCUAUUGAAUCCUCAGUAGAGGUCACAUUUUGAGAGCACUGAAUGAAAUAUCUUUUGACUCUGCUGCAGAUUCCAAUUGCAUAACUUCCAAGUGUCCCAAUUUUCCAGAGACAGUCCCAGAAUUAUAGAAGCCAUCCCAAUUUCUGAUUUGAUCACAGAAUGUCCUGGUUUUCCUUUUUCCUCCCCUCCAUGUUUUGGAGAACAAUUAAAUGUGGUGUGUGUGUGUAGGAGCAAAAACAGAAUCCUAUUUAUACAGAAAAUAAAAUACCUGCACCAGAUGAAGCUGGCGUACAAGGCCCUUCCUAAACAUGAACAAUCCACUUUACAUUCUAUAACUGCAAUGCUUCACCAGCCAGCCAUUUCUUGGGAAACAAAGGGAGUGUUUAUUCCUUUAUUGUAAAUGAAGCCUUACAUUGUCUACUCAGAAGUCAGUCCCACUGUUUUCAAUGGAGCUUACUCCCAGGUAACUGGGUAAAGACUGAGUAGCCUUACCUGGCGAUACUAAGCAUUUUUACUCAGAACUGAGUGAAGUUUUUAAUGUUUGAAGUUUUAUUGUGUUUUUAAUUUUCUGUUGGCAGCCACCCAGAGUAGAUGGGGCAACCCAGUAAGAUGGGUGGCAUAGAAAUAUUAUUAUUAUUAUUAUUAUUAUUUAUUAUUGAGUUCAGUAGGAUUUAUUCACUGGUAUGUUCCAGAUUAUUCUCACAGUUUCUACUAUUAGUAGUAGUAGUAGUAGUAGUAUCAUGAUGAUGAUGAUGAUGAUUAUCCACAGUGCUCUUUUUCUAGAAAAAGAAGUGCUGGAGCUCACCAUGAUUUCCUCCCUUGUUCUCUACCAGCAACAUCUUUCCAUCUUCCCACCCACCCACUUUCCCCUCUGCUUUCCCCAUAUAUAUAUAUAUAUCUCCCAGACAAAGACAGAGUGCUUGAGGAAGGGUUGUGUGAAACUUGGAAGCUAAACCACCUCUUCAUAAUAGCCUCUAUCCAGGUAACCACAAACAACAACCCAGCAGCAGCAAUACAGACCAAUGGAAGUUUUCAGACUCCAUUUAGGAGCAGUCUCACAUUGAGUGUGCUUCAGUAGGUGUAGUCUGGAGGCUAUUAGUGCAUGAAUUACAGUGUGACUACGCCUGUCUUCUCCAGGAAGUUGUACCAGGCAGCUGAAGAAAAGUAAGGCACCCUUGCCACUUUUGCAUCAAGAGGCAGCAGCACAUUACAGAGCACUCCAAACUGCCAACUGGUAUCUUAAGGUGUGGAGGUGAGUUUCUACCUCAUCUCACACUGGCUAUAUACAACACUGAACAAAAGAUUCCAGCAUUGCAGGGGUUGGACUAGAUAGGUGAUUGUUGUGGUGGUCUCUCCCAAAUCUACAAUUCUAUGAUGCAAUGAAUCUAGAUGUUGAGCUUUUUUUUAAAGGAAACCUACCUUUCAGUCAUCAGACAGUUCAGGGUAUCAGCCCCUUUGCUGACAGAGCCUGUAUUGCAGCCCACGGAGCACAGAGGGCAGGCACAGGAAGUCCUAAGACAGACAGCCAAGCAGUGCCCCUACCCUCCAAUCUCUGGAAGCACCAAGAAUCCUGGAGGCCUCAUAUUUCCUGUAUGUGAUUGGCUACAGUGAGGCUUCUGCCUUUGUAAUAAUGAAAAAAGGCCUCAAGGCCUCAAACUGGAAUCUUCAGUUGGUCCAAACCAAUAUAUUGCUCCUGUGUCUUCUUAUGAUUCUAUUUCUACUUGUAAUCCUUGCCCUCUGGAUUCUGCGAUUCCUGACAAGGCGGCUGCAUUUUUUAAUCUCUGCAGGACGUUCUGCAACAGCAUGAUGAAAUUCGCCAUAUUCCUGUUCUUUGCUGCAUUGAUUCCUGCAAAGUACGCAAGUGCUCAGACAUGUAUUAUCGAGAGUCUGAUUAAUGAGAAGGUCCAGGCAGCAGUCGAUUCCAAAGGUAUUUGGAUCUGAGUGCCCUUUAUGAUGCUGGAAACUCUGGGCCCUAUUGUCAUUCUAUGAUUCCCAGUUUCUUCUAGGUCUGCAUCCAAGAUAUGGGAACUGUGGGCUGUUUGAUCACCAAACUGUUGCUGGGAAGAGGGAUUGAUUGUUAAGCCACUCUAGACAUGGUAGCUCUGUGAAGGAACUAGAACACCACCAUUUUUAAUUGGGCAGCUUACAGUUAAGACUAAACAUGUCUACUCAGAAGUUAGUUAUAUUGAAUUCAGUUGUGUUUACACCCAAGGUGAAUGGAGUUAAGGUUGCAGCUUUGUUUUUUAAAGAACAAUACCAUUUUGAAUUGGGAAACUCAGCACCUUACAGUGCAAUCCUAACCACUAGGAUUUGGAAGUAAAUUCUCUAUUUAGAAGUAAAUCCAAUGGGACCAACUCCCAAGUUAAUGGUGUUAUGAGUGCAGCUUUAGCUAGGGGAGCAAAAGCAAGGAUCCAACUUUCCAGUGACUCUCCUAGGUAAACCAGUUUACCACCCAUGAACUGCAGAGGCACACAGACAGAGAGAAAAGCACCUGUGCAACUACCAGCACUCUGAGAGAAGCUCUGUUCUGAACUUAAAAAGCGGGAGAAUGUCGGCUCUGUGUCAGAGAUAAUUCCACAGCAAAAUGAGAUUUUUGUGGCCUGGAGAGGCAUAACUCACAGAAGCUUGAGUGAGAUUUCCGUUUUUUGCUAUAUACCCAUACCAUACAUUUAAAUCACAUUCCCCAUCCCAGAGAAUCCUGGGACUUAUAGUUUACAUCUCACAGAGCUACAGUUCCCAGCACUCUUAACAAACCCCAGUUCCAAGGAUUCUUUUAUGGGCAAAUAUGCAUUAAAUGUAUGGUGUGUACAUAGCCUCAGAAUGAAGCCUCUGUUUCCUGUAACUGUCUAAAUUGCACAAUUAACCAAGUUUUCUAUUUGAUUCAGUGUAACUCUGAUCCUCCUGUCUCUUCUUGCAGUGUCCUCAAUCCUCACGAAGGCUCAGCUGACUUGCACAAGCACAUCUGCACCUGGUGCUGAUGCUUUCUGCCCUUCAGGUGAGAUAUCUUGCUGGGAGAGAACAGAAAGGGAGAAAAUCCAUAGCAGAAAGACUGAGGCCAAGGGAGCAAGAAGAGAACUCAUUUCCAUGGAACUCUGUAGACAUGAGUAUAAAAUAUAAGCUCAUAGCUGGGGGAAGCUGGUUGGGUUGUUUAGCUGGAUUAUUAGCACUGCAGUGCCAUAUGUUGGGUGGGAGAUAAAUAUAGAUCACCCAUGUGGGUUAAUUAAUAAAAGAUGUGAGGUAAUUAAUAAGAGAUGUGGGGUAAUUAAUAAACGAUCCCUAGAUCCAAAGUGUGGGGCUAAACACGCUCCAGUAAGAGAGCCCCAGCAGAGUUUAAAAGACACAAAAUGUGCAGCAACAGUGAAGUGUUAGGAAUAGAGACCUUCUAAUUUCCUGUUUAGUCCACUUACAUGUUUUACUUACAAACUUCAAAGGUCUUAUUCAGGAGCUAUUUCAUGCAGCAGCAGGAAAGGCACAGGCAGAAAAUUCUUAGGUUACAAAAUACAGAAAAAUACAGGAAAAAAGCCCAGAAGGAAGCUUCACUUUCUUCUUCACUUUCUUCUUCACCGGAGGUGAGCAGGUGUGACGAGUCUGGGAAUUCAAUUUUGUGGUCUUAACCCCUUAAGCUUGAUAGUUAUAUUUGACUGCAAUAUCCCACACUGAGCACUUGCACCUCAACUGUGAUGGUGUCUGAUCAGGUGGAUAUCCUCCACAUCAUGGGGAUUAAAGUGCUCCCAUGCCUGUUUCUCUAACUUCUCUCUUCCACUCCCAGGGUACCUGGCCACUGGAUGUGCCUGUGGAAUGGCUUGUGGUUCCUGGGAUAUCCGUGCUGAUACUGCCUGUCACUGCCAGUGUGCCAGAAUUGACUGGACUGCUGCCCGCUGCUGCAAAGUGGCCAUUGUUGGCUGAUAUCUCCCCAGCUCCCUGUUGACUCCAGCUUCUAUGCUCAAUAAACAUGCACAUUUAAUUUUCUCAUGC